UCGCCUCACUCCCCGAUUCCCGAAUCCAGUUAUCGAUACUGCCCCGCCGGUAUCGCCACCCCCAAGAUCUCUUGAUCACCAACUCCUCGUCCAAAGUAACCAUCACAACAAUGCUCUGCCUCCCCGUCCGCGCCCUCCGCCCCAUCAUCCGCCAGAUCCGCCUCAACAGCACCAAACCCUUCCUCGAAUCCCCCAGUCCAGUCCGCCUCCCACCCCACGAACAAGCCGAAUUCGAACGUCUCCAAAAAGCAGCCGAGGACGCUCUACAAACCCGGACCGUACACCCGGACGCACGGUCGUCUCCUACGAGGGUUGAGUUCGAUGGUGAUAGGAAUCCAAAGACAGGCGAGAUUGGUGGACCAAAGCAGGAUCCCUUGAGGCAUUAUAAGCCGGGGCAGGGGGAUAAGAGUAAGGGGGAGGAGUAUAAGGGAGACUAUUCCUUCAAUGGACGCGUGACAGAUUUCUAG